UUCAACAUCAGCAGAAUUGAAUUGUUCAUUGCGUAUCUGAAUUAUUCGAUUAAUCUAUGGUGAGAUUAGAAAUGGCGGCUCUCAAGGAUGUUGUUUCUUUGUAUCAAAAUUUAAAACGAGAAUGGACAAAAAGUCCAUGUAAUUUGACAAAAUGUGGCGAAUUGCUUAAUCAAUUAAAGAUUGGCCUUACUCAUCUGAUGUUCCUCCCGACGUCAAACAACACUGCUAGUCAAAAUGAAUUGCUUAUUGCCAGAGAUAUAUUAGAGAUUGGAGCACAAUGGAGUAUUGCAACUGAAGAUAUACCUUCUUUUGAGCGGUAUAUGGCACAAUUAAAGUGUUAUUAUUUUGAUUAUAAGUCUGGAUUAUUGGAAUCAGCAUACAAGUAUCAGCUUCUUGGUUUGAAUCUCCUGUUUUUGUUAUCUCAAAAUCGAGUUGCUGAAUUCCAUACAGAACUGGAGCUCUUGCCAUCAGAUCAAAUACAGUCAAAUGUCUAUAUAAGGCAUCCUCUAAGUCUGGAGCAAUAUUUGAUGGAAGGUUCAUACAACAAAAUAUUUUUGGCCAAGGGCAAUGUGCCUGCUGCAUCCUACAAUUUUUUCAUUGAUAUUUUACUGAAUACCGUGCGCGAUGAAAUUGGUGCGUGCAUGGAGAGUGCAUACGACAAGAUCUCCAUUCAGGAUGCUGCACGGAUGUUGAAUUUAAGCACGGAAAAAGACAUCAGAACGUUUGCUUCUAAGAAGAACUGGAAUCUAUCGAAGGAUGGCUACUUUUAUUUCAGCACGACUAAUGAGAAGAAGUCUGAGGAGCCUAUUCCAAGUUCUGAAUUGGCAGCUCUCGCGAUAGAUUAUGCCCGAGAAUUGGAGAUGAUUGUAUAAUACAUUUGUGCAUUUUUCUGUACUUUAUAUUUAAAUAAACAUUGUAUCACUCCUCUA